GCAACCCCGCGUACUCUCGCGUUAUUUCUGAGGUGGGUGGUGAAACAGCAUGGCAGCGGUGGUGCUCAAGCAUUGCUGGAGAGGACUUUUACACAACUCGGGCAAUGGAGCUGUUGGCACUGUCGGGUUCAAGGCUUUUCAGGGAGUUAGACAAAAAUCUACAGUACAGUACAUAUCACGGCCAGAUCUUCCAAAGCUGGCGUACCGCAGAGUGAAGGGAAAGAGUCCUGGUGUUGUGUUCCUUCCUGGUUAUGGAUCCAACAUGAGCGGCCCGAAGGCAGAAGCCCUGGAGGAGUUCUGCAAGUCAUUGGGUCAUGCCUACCUGAGGUUCGAUUACUCUGGGCAUGGUGCUUCAGAGGGUGUAUUUUCUGAAGGCACAAUUGGAACUUGGAAGAAAGACGUUCUGUUUAUGUUAGAUGAACUUGCUGAAGGUCCUCAGAUCCUGGUGGGCUCCAGUAUGGGUGGCUGGCUGAUGCUUUUGGCUGCCAUUGCUCGCCCAGAGAAGACAAAAGCCUUAGUGGGCAUUUCCACAGCAGCAGAUCAUUUUGUUACAGCAUUUAAGGCACUUCCUAUAGAGGUGAGAAAAGAGUGCGAGGACAAGGGAAUUUGGACUAUCCCUACGAAAAGUAACCAGGAGGGCAUUUAUACUGUCAAUAUGGACUUCCUGCAAGAAGCGGAAAACCACUGCAUCCUACAAAGCCCGAUCCCCAUCACCUGUCCUGUGCGCCUCAUUCACGGUCUGAAGGAUGAGGACGUGCCCUGGCACAUCUCUAUGCAAGUGGCUGAGCGAGUACUGAGCCCUGACGUGGACAUCAUCCUGCGACGCCACGGCCAACACCACAUGACCGAAAAAGAUGACAUCAAACUUAUUGUCUACACCAUCGAUGACCUCAUAGACAAACUCACCACCAUGGUGUGAGACCCCACCACCCUCUCCUGCUUUCUUUUGCCAAACACUCUCUUAUGGUUUGGUCUUGUGAGACGAGAAUUAUGGAAAUGGUGGACAAUAUUGUGAGAGGACAAAAUAUUUUCUUUUACAUGUUUACCACAACGCUGUGCCAUUUGACCUUUUAGAUAAAGCUGCUGUUUGUCGAGUAAAACAAUUGUCUAGAUCUCCUGUGCCUUUUUUUAAAAGCAUAUUUCAAACUGUUUUAGAUUAAUAAAGCCUCUGUAUACCAGCAAA